AUGGACCUUGUCCCUACUCUGAGCCCUGGGUCACGGAUCCAGCUAUGGAGGCAGCUGCUGCACCUCAAGAAGACCUGGGACCCAAGUCCAGCAGCCAGCUUCUCCUCCCUUUCUCCCUUGUCUCUCUGCAGGAAGUUUAAGUUUAACCCAAAGCUGGGCAUUGACAAUCCUGUCCUUUCCUUGGCUGAAGACCAGGACCACUCUGAUCCCUGGAACCUGCAGCGGCCUCGUUUCUGUCUGCUGAGCAAAGAAGAGGGCAAGAGUUUUGGGUUCCACCUGCAACAGCAGCUGGGCAAGGCUGACCAUGUGGUAUGCAGAGUGGAGCCAGGCACCUCUGCCCAGCACCAAGGUCUCCGGGAAGGAGACCGGAUCCUAGCAGUGAACCUUAAUGUCGUGGAACGUGAGGACCAUGCAGUGGUGGUGCGUCACAUCCGGGCCAGCGGUUCCCGGGUGUUGCUGACAGUCUUGGCACAGCACGUGUAUGAUGUGGCCCGAGCUCAGCAGGGGAACGAUGCUCCCCUUUGUCCUACCUUAGGCUUAGGGGUUCGGCCGCGGUUAUGCCACAUCAUGAAAGAUGAAGGUGGCUUUGGCUUCAGCGUCACCUACGGAGCUCAGGGUUCCUUCUGGCUGAUGCUAAGUGCAGGGGGAGCUGCUGAGAGGGCAGGGGUGCCCCCUGGGGCCCGACUGCUGGAAGUGAAUGGGGUCAGUGUGGAAAAGUUCACUUCCAACCAGCUCAGCAGGAAGCUUUGGCAGAGUGGAGAUCAGGUGACCCUGCUGGUGGCAGGGCCAGAGGUAGAGGAACAGUGUCACCAGUUGGGAAUGCCCCUGGCUGCACCCCUGGCAGAGGGCUGGACGCUGCCAGCCAAGCCCCGAUGUCUGCACAUAGAGAAAGGGCCUAAAGGCUUUGGGUUCCUGCUCAGAGAGGAGAAGGGCCCAGAUGGUCACCUCGGGCAGUUCUUAUCAGAGGUGGACCCAGGAUUGCCAGCUGACAAGGCUGGAAUGCAAGCUGGUGACCGGCUGUUGGCUGUGGCUGGGGAAAGCGUGGAGGGGCUGGGCCAUGAGGAAACAGUGUCCAGGAUCCGAGCACAGGGCUCUUGUGUCUCCCUCGUUGUCAUCGACCCUGAGGCUGACAGCUUCUUCAGCAUGGUUCGUCUGUCCCCACUCCUCUUCUUGGAGAACUCAGAGAUUGCUGCCUCCUCCCAGGCCAUGAGCUUGGAAUCCCUAGCAGAGACCCAGGACCUGCUAGUUGAAGACACAGCUGAGCCUUCUGGCCCUGUUGGCUCUCGCCAGUGCUUCCUAUACCCUGGGCCUGGAGGUGGCUAUGGCUUCCGACUCUGCUGUGUGGCCAGUGGGCCUUGUCUCUUCGUCUCCCAGGUGACUCCAGGAGGCUCAGCUGCCCGGGCAGGCCUAAAAAUAGGAGAUGAAGUUCUGGAGGUGAAUGGGUGCUCUGUGGGUGGACACAAUGACCUGGACAGGCUUCAGCAGCUGGCGGAGGCUGAGCCACCCCUGUGCCUGAAGCUGGCACCAGCCAGGAAUCUCCAGGACUUAGAAGCUUGGAUUUCCUUGGAGUCUAGAGAGGAUUGGGCUCUGCCCUCAGAGCUUCUAUAGGACACCCUGCUUGGCGCAGACCUUUCACUUUCCUGUUAUUGCUCUGCACCAUGAAAUGGAAGGAGCCAGAGAUGGUCUCUAAAUGAUCUGGAGGAUUCAGACAUCAUCAAUCACAGUACUGCUGAAGGCCUUCUUCCCUUCCCAUGGGCCUACCUCCCAGCCCUGGGUGUGGGGUAGAGACUUCAGGCAAGCUCAUGAGGGAGCCCAACUUUCCACCGGAUGUUAUGUAGGAGCUUUGGGGAGCUGUGCCCCAAGGCUAAAGUUCUCCACAGGAUGCUAUAUAGGGGCUUUGGGGAUCUGUUCCCCAAAGAUGAAGUUCUGCCUGAGAAGGAGACUGGGGUCGGCUAGGACUGAAGCAGUUGAGAACUUAUCCUAUGUAUGACUCCAGAGUAAUGUAGCACAGGAAUUUGGAGACCAGAUAUACUUUCCUUCUAUGGACACCUUAAAAUUAUGGGAACUGAUACUUGGUCACUGUAAUGUCCUGUCAUGGAAAUAGCCUUUCCAAGUUGGUUGGUAUAAUGGCUUAGUGGGUAAAGUGUUUACUGCCAAGCCUGAGUUCAAUCCCCAGAACCCACAUGGCAGAAGAAGAAAACAAACUCCUGAAAGCUGUCCUCUGAUCUAUAUAUGCCCACCAUGGCAUGCUAUACCCCACAACUACAUAAAAGUUUUAAAAAUUA